CUGUACUUUGGAGUGGUGGAUCAGUCUUUCCAGCACUGAUUUCAUUCUUUGGCUCCACAAAGCAGACAGACAGCUGAUAGCAACAAGAUGGCCAGAGUUUGUUUACUGGUGUUCAUUGCUGGUUUACUGCUGGAGUCGUACGGACUGGAAAUCCCUAAGGAAAACACAGGAGCUGUGUUUGUGUCUCAGCAGCAGGCACAUACAGUGCUGCAUCGCCGGCGCAGGUACAACAGCGGCCACCUUGAAGAACUUCAAAAAGAUAACCUGGAGCGGGAAUGCUAUGAGGAAGUCUGCAAUAUGGAGGAGGCCAGAGAGGUGUUUGAGAAUGAUGAGAAAACUAUGGCAUUCUGGGCCGGCUACAUCGAUGGAGACCAAUGUGAGCCAAAACCCUGUCAAAAUGGGGGUGAGUGCAAAGAUGGAGUUGAUUCAUACACCUGCUGGUGCAAAGUAAACUUCAGUGGAAAGAACUGCGAGAUUGAGUUGGCAAAGCAGUGUUUGGUCAACAACGGAGACUGUUCCCACUUCUGUGAGAUGCAGGAGAAUCGAGCUGUGUGCAAAUGUGCAGCUGGGUACAAUCUUGGGCAAGACAAGAAGAGCUGUGAACCAACAGGACCAUUCAGCUGUGGUCAAGUGGGUGGGUCUUCUACCACCAUCACCAGAUCCUUUAAUCCACGAAGCAAGACAUACGCCUCUGGAAGAGAGUUUGGUUUCAACGACACUCUGGAGGAUGACUACGAUAGCAACAAUAUAACAAUGUUUGAUUACUAUGACAUUGCCAUGAAUGAUUCAGACCAGGUCAAUACCUCUGCAGCAUCUGCAGUAGAGACAGGUUCCCUGAAGUCAAAUUCAAGCUCCCCCCUAUCUCCAAGCAGUGUCACUGAAGUGCCCAGAGGGAAAAGGGAUCUGUACUGGGCUAAUCCCACACGCCCCACCAUCGUAGAAAUAGGUGCGAAUGACCAGAGGAUUGUGGGAGGUGAUGAAGCUCUUCCUGGAGAGAUACCCUGGCAGGUGGCCCUGAUGUCUCACUCAGAAUCCCUUCAGAGAGCGCAGCCCUUCUGUGGAGGAUCUCUCCUCAGUGAAUUGUGGGUCAUCACUGCAGCACAUUGUCUAGAGCAGGCCCUUGAUCAAAAUUUCUUCGUUAGAGCAGGUGAACAUGACGUGAGCCAAGAUGAGGGUCAUGAGCGAAAUUAUGUGGUGGCAGAAAAGCACAUCCAUCACAUGUACAAUUACAAGAAGUCCCAGUAUAACCACGAUAUUGCUCUGCUGAAACUCGCCAAUCCAGUGGAACUGUCCAGCCGGCGGCGUCCCAUCUGCCUGGGCCCCAAACACUUUAUAGAAAAACUAAUGAGUGAAUCCACCAAGUCCCUGGUGAGCGGCUGGGGACGUUUAAAGUUCCAGGGCGCGGAGGCCACCAAGCUACAGAAGGUGGAGGUCCCCUAUGUGGAUCGCACCACAUGUAAACAGAGCAGCCGGGAACAGGUCACACGCUUUAUGUUCUGUGCAGGUUUCCAAAGUCAGCAGAAGGAUUCGUGUCAGGGGGACAGUGGGGGGCCACAUGCAACCAAUUACCAUGGCACUUGGUUUCUGACGGGCAUUGUCAGCUGGGGGGAGGAGUGUGCCAAAGAUGGAAAGUAUGGCAUCUACACCCGAGUCUCACGGUACUAUCCGUGGAUCAGUCAGACAACAGGGAUUCGAAUUAACUGAGGAAUAGCUGAGUAUUUGCAUAUCUUUGAAAAUCAUACUAAAUAAUGCUAAAUCAUACUAAAUAAAAAUCCAAUAUUCAAUAUUUGAAUAAAUGCUUACCUGAACCUUAAAAGGCACCACACACACACACACACACACACACACACACACACACACAGGUGUUAAUUAUUAGAUCUCUGCUCAGGUUGAAGUUAGGUGGAGUAGUGCUAAAGAUUACAGGAUGUCACCAAACUUAACUGCAUAAAGACCUGAAUUGGCAAGGUGAAAAUGGCUGUGAAAAGAUGCCAGUGAGAAAAAACAGAAAAUUAUAUGAAAAUGUAACCAUAAGCUGCAUGUUGAAAAUGUGUUGAAAACACUCAUCGUUACUCUUCAUUAAUGUUGUCACAGAAUCCGUCCAUGUUGUAUAAACAAUAAUGUACAGUAAAUAAUUGAAUUUGUAAUCUCACCCUCUGUCUUAAAUUGGGUUUAAACUGUAUGAAUAAACAUAAAGUCAAAUAUUAUCAUUUA